GCGGUCCUGCCACAGUGCAUGCUGGGAUAGGUCUAGGCGUUUUUCGGUUUCUCGUGGCGCCUUAGCUUGCGGUGGUCGGAUCGCCGCACAUUUGAGAUAAAAAAAGUUGCGUAGCGUGCCUGAAGUUCGCCGGCCCGAAUUACAUCGAUAAGAUUACACGCCCUGAAAUUUUACGCCAUCUUCUGAAAACAACGUAGCCGAUCCAAGAACCACGGACAGCUCCAGUGGAUGUCCUGUCAGCUUUUGCCGCCCCUCCUCCCCACGCACGGCGUCUGCAGUCCAACGCAAAAAUGUCCUCCCGGGAUUCUCCGCAGAUGGCACGCUACAGAGACACCUGCCCCAUAGACUGCAAGGUGUACGUCGGUGAGUUGGGCAACAGUGGCACCAAGCAUGAGUUGGAGGAGGCAUUUGGCUACUAUGGGCCCCUGCGCAACGUUUGGGUAGCCCGAAGUCCGCCAGGCUUCGCUUUCGUCGAGUUUGAGGACCCCCGAGACGCACGGGAUGCUGUGCGAGCUCUUGAUGGCAAGAUGCUUUGCGGCCGUCGUGUGCGUGUAGAGUUGUCCACAGGGAAGUCUCGCAACUCUUACCGCGGCUCCUCGCGCCCCUUCCAACCAACUGACCGUUGCUACGACUGCGGCGAAAGGGGACACUAUGCCAGAGACUGCAGAGUCUACUCGCGCAGGAACUCCUCGCGCCGCAGCCGAUCAAGGUCCAGGAGCCGGUCAUUCAGUCCCCGUCGCGGAGGUGGUGGUGGUGGUGGCCGGUCCCGCUCGCUGAGCCGGUCGCCGCGGAGGUCCCCGCCUGCUGGAUCUCGCAGCCGCUCACGCAGCCGAUCACCUAUUGCCAAGAGGGGCCGCAGUGGAUCCAAGUCACCAAGCCGCAGGGACUCUCGCAAUGGAAACCUUGACUAAAAAGAUGCACAAGACCUUGACUGAAAAGAUGCACGCACUCGUCCUUUAACGCAGGUGCCGGCAGCAGCAAACCUCAUCAGUCCUGCAUUCAUCACCCCCUAAAAAAAAAAAAGCUUGCAUCUGCAUUCUCCUAAAUUCACAUUGCAGACAUUUCACGUACUUCUUCCUCAGCUUGGCUAAAUAAUCAUAGCUCUUGUCAUUCAUUUGUUCUUGUCAAGAAGUGUUCAUUCUCUUAGGUCAGUUUAUUUCUGCAAGAGGUUCUGUGGGGAGGAAAGGCACAGGGUGUGCACUUGUCUCAACGUUAAGGACAUUCCAAGUGAAAGCCCACAAUCAGUCCAGCUGCCCACAAACAUCUUGCCACAGAACAUUCAAUUACCACCAUACGUUUCCUUCUCUGUGAAAAAUAAAAAUAAAAUGUGCUGUCAUCACCCCU